GCGGAUUUGCAUUAGCAUUAAUUAAUAAAAAAAUAUGUCUUAUACAAAUUUUUGCAAUUUAUUAUCAUAUAUCAACUGGAAAUAACCAUUCAUAUACUGAAGAACCUAUAAGUGAUAUUAAUUUAGUUAUAUUUGUUUCUACUAAA